AUGUACAAGGGUGAGGAGAUCAGAAGGCAUGUUGUCUACCUAGAUCUGCAGGAGUGUACAUGUAGGGAGUGGCAGGUCAGUGGCAAGCCCUGCCCACAUGCCCUUAUUGUGAUCACCACUGAAAGGCAGCCAGACAUGAAAAAGUAUGUCAAUGGGUACUACUCAGUGAAGAAGUUACAUGCAGCUUAUGCACUUGUGAUACCCAGCAUAACUGACAAGCAACAAUGGCCUGCAGUUGACAAGGGCUUCAAAGUAUUUCCACAAGUGGCCAAGAAAAAGAAAGGACCUAGGAGACAAAGGAAGAAUAGGAUUCUCAGCUAUUUAGAGAGGACAGGGAAAGCAACAAGGCAAGUGACAUGUAAAAGUUGUGGAAGAGGACCAAGAAAACAACCACUAAGUCUGGAAGGAAGAAGCAGAAGCCUAGUGAGGAUGAACCAGCAAAGGUGGAAGAGGAAACAUCGCCUCCCAUCACUAAGGCAGCAACAACAAAGACUACAAGGACGAAGAAGAAAACUACUGACAAAGAAACAACUAAGGAGGAAGAGGUAG